UUUUGUUUCUUUUGCUGUUUGUUGUGUCUCUCUUUUUCCUCUCUUUUUCUUUCUCGACAAAAUACAAUCAACUUUAAUUUCUUUAAAUAUUAUUCGACAAUAUCACCAUGUCUUCAGCUCCUAAUGCCGUAGUUCUUAACGAAUUGAAACUAAAAUCAAAAAACAGUCGACGGUCCAGAGGAAGGUAUGGACGAGGUUUGCCUAAGAAAGGUGGUGCUGGUGGUAAAGGUACAUGGGGAAGACUUGGAUCUGAACUUGUUGGAGUUGAACGUGGACUUGAGGAUCCCCAUGAUCCUAACUACGAUUCUGAGACUGAAGAAAACUGCAAAUUAGAUGUUAUCACUCCACCUCUUGAAGAGAAUGAAAUUGAAAAAUAUGUUAAACCGAUAAUUCAUGAAUACUUUGAACAUGGUGACACGGAAGAAGUGGCAAUAUCAUUGGAAGAACUCAAUUUGGGUGAACACUUCCAUCAAGUUCUUGUCAUUAUUGUUUCCGUUGCAAUGGAACGAAAAGCUUCUCACAGAGAAAUGGCUUCAGUUCUAAUUUCUGAUCUCUAUGCGAGACUUCUCCUUGAAGAAGAUUAUGAGCGUGGAUUUGAAGUUCUCCUCCAAAGUCUUUCAGACAUGAUACUUGAUACACCUCAGGCAGCUACGGUUCUUGGUAAUUUCAUUGCAAGAGCAGUUGCUGAUGAUUGUAUUCCUCCCAAAUUUGUUCAAAGCUACGUGGCCAAUGAUGAAAAUGCUCGGCAAGCUAUGGAACAUGCCAGUUCUCUGCUUAAUAUGAAGCAUGGUUUGGUGAAAUUGGACAGUGUUUGGGGUGUUAGUGGUGGCAUGAGGCCAGUGAAAUAUCUCAUUCGUAAGAUUCAACUUCUCCUCCGAGAGUACGUCUCAUCACAAGACAUUGAUGAAGCCACUCGAUGUCUCAUGGAACUUGAAGUUCCUCAUUUUUACCACGAAUUCGUUUAUGAAGCCAUAACCAUGGCUAUUGAGGACAUGAGUGACAAUGUCGGCGAUCUAAUCCUCAAACUGCUCAAAUCUUUAACCGAUGCAGUAGUUGUCACCGUCGAUCAACUCAAAAAUGGCUUUAAUCGUGUUUACGAGGAAAUGCCUGAUAUCUGCAUCGACGUUCCCCUUGCUUAUCAAAUUUUGGAGAAAUUUGUUAACAAGGCUGUUGCAUUGGGCUUCAUACCAACCGAAAUAGUCAAAGCUAUGCCUUCAAGAGGCCGAAAACGAUUUGUUUCCGAAGGAGACGGAGGCAAAUUCAAAAUCUAAGCCAACAAAUGCCACCAGUCACAAAAAAUACAGCAAAUCAAAAAUAUACUCCCCAUUACAUCCUAAUUCAUCUCAAGCUUCACUUUCUAUCUCGAUAUCUUCCACUGGUUGUUUUUGGGGACCUUUAUUAUGAUCCAGUUGAUUUUUCUCUUUUUUCUUUAUCUCUCAGUGCUUCUGAACGAGUUUCUUCUUUUGGCGAACUAUGACAUGACCUUAUUUUCGAAUUACCAUAAAGACAAAAGACUCAGUAAGACUAUCUCACAGCUCUUACAAAGCAUGUUAAUCAAUGACAAUGGAAACCGGAUCAACGAAAAUCAAAUCGUUACCACUUUGAAUUUCAAUUUUCCUUCUUUUUUUUGAACAACCCUAUUGACCAUUGUAAACCCUUCACCCCUUCUUGACCAAUACCCUCUUUCCCUUUAAACUAUUGAAUUAAUUUAGAUGUUAAUUACCCAGAUAGUGUUAGAAUCAACUGAUCCUUUCAUCUUCCUUGAUUGUCGAGUCUUAUGCAUACUUUAUAUCAUUUUCGAUGAAUUUUGCUUUUCCGGGGAUGGAAUUUUUUUCAUUGAUUUGAUUGUAUGUUCUUUCAUAUUAGUCCUUUUUUUUUGAGAUUUUCUGCUAUUCGAAUGUUUAACUCUUCUCCUUUUCCUAAUCUUUCCACAAACUUGUUGUAAUCUCUCUGUUUCUGAUUCAUUCAUAUCAACUGAAUGAAUUCUCAUUCUCUGACCUCAACACGAGCACUUUUCAACACAAACAAAGUCAAAAACAUAAUUAGGGAUUUCUAGGAGAAAAAUAAUAAUAGAAAUUGAAACAAAGCAAAAAAAAAUACAAGUCAUUACGGUUAUAUUAUUAUUAAUUCUGACUCAUUUUGUGAUGAAAAUUGCUCAUUUAUCUAAGACCUUAUGCCCUCAUUGCCCCUUUCCUUCAAUAUGGUGAUAAUGUUUACAACAAUCAACUUAAAGUAAUUUAAUGAUCAAGGAAACAACAAAAAAAUGUUUAUCUUUUCCACCUUCCCCUUUCUCACUCUCUGAUUUUCCAUCAUCGUCAUCUUAAUUCUCGCGGAAAAUGCUGAAAGACACAAAAAAUUAACAAGCAACAUGAAAAACUUGUACAAAUAAACCCAAAAAAAAAUUAAAUAUAAAUAUAUAUAUAUAAACAA